CAUCAUUAUAUUAAAGUUAAUAAUAAAACUGUUGAUAUUAUACUUCUUCGUGAUUUAUUUCUUGGAAAGGAAGAGUUAUCUAAUGGAAAUAUUGACUGUGGAGAGAUUAUUCAAAAGCAUUACCCAGUAAAAUUUUAUAAAUUUAUACCACGGGAUCUUGAAGCUUGUCUAUUUAUUGUAGUAGUAUGUGUCGAAAUAUAUAACCAUCCACUUCCACCUCUAGAAAAAAUACCCAUUGAUAUUAAAUUGAUUCGCCAGUCACUAAAUAGCAUAGACAAAUUGCGUAUUUUAGUUGCCAAAGCAUAUAAAAAUAUGCAUCCUUAUGGACAAGACAUUCUAGAUAUUUUUCAUGUGGCAAAGAAUAGUCAUUCUGAAAUAAAAAACUAUUUGCAUCAUAUAGGUAAAUUAAAUAAAGUAGUACAAAAAUUUACUAAGUCAAUCCUUAAUGCACCUUCACAAGAAUUAGUCAAAUCAAUUUUAGAUAAAAUCGAAUCAUCAGACAAACCAGGUGCUAAAGAAUGGGCCAAUUAUUAUAAAACACCUUGGAUAAUUUCUUCAUUUAAUGUACAUAUGUCUAAAAUGGAGUAUAAUAUUUGGAGAAAACAUGACAAUAACACCAAUUCUGCAGAAUCGGCUCACGCUUUAGCAAAUAAGGAAGGAAAACAAUUAAAACUUUUAUCAGCUAUUCUAUG